GGCGGGGGCGCAAGCGAGGCCUGCAGACCCGGUUGACAGCCUCUCUUUUUGGUUUCGCCGCCGCUCGUUCGCCGGAGAGCCGGCCCUGUGAUUGUUGGCACCUGGAUUAAUUUCAGCUCCGCGAUCGUUAGCACCCUGCUGUCGCAUUUCCAGUAGAUCGGCGAAAUUAAAGGAUUCAAGGAACUUUCUUUUUUUUGGCUUCUGAACUUUCUUUUUUUGGCUUUUUUUGGCUUUUGGCAAAAUUGCUGUGGUCCAUCAGCAGCCUACGGAGCUGGCAACGGAGUCGGACAGCGAUGAGGCUGAGGUGAGGCCAGGGCCAUUGGGAAGUGAGGUGCGGACUCCAGAGCCUCCAGAGACUGGAGGUAGUGAGGCAGAGGAACAGGAGGAGCCUGUUCCUAAUGCACGCAUGAGAAGAGCUGCCAGAAGGCAAGAGCAGCUCAAGCAGAGAGGACAACUCAGGAGUAGGGCCAAGAGAUGAUUGGCCCCUCCCAUAAGGCUUAAAACAGACCAGCACCAACGUUUCAGCUUUGCUGGAAAACAACGUUGUAACUGCGUCUUCUGCUUCGUCUUCUGCUUCGUCUACGUCUUUGUUUUUGUGGCUUCUGGACAUUUGCCAGGAAGGGCCUUUGGCAGUUUGCCUAAUUGGACUAAGGUUUGGGAGAUAACUGAGGAAUUUGUGUUGGGAGGCAUUUGCUUUACUUUGAGUUGAACGACGCUGGGAAUGAAGUAAUUCCCAGCUGUUUGGAUAAAGUUUGUUUUUCCACGGACUAAAUUUAUUACUACCUACUUGGGCCUGGGUCACAACAAGAAUGUCGGAACUGAGCGACGAAGCCAGUGAGACGGAGCUCUUGAAUCGCAGUCUAACCAUGUGGCACGGAGAGAGCCAGGCGGCCAGCCACCAAGAAUUAGACAUACCUUUGGACCUUCACACAGCAGCUUCCAUAGGCCAGUAUGAGGUGGUGAAGGACAGUAUUGAACGAGGGGAGAAGGACUUGGAUCAGAAGAACCGUGGUGGUUGGACUCCACUGAUGUAUGCCUCCUACAUCGGUUACGACGCCGUUGUGCGCAUGCUGCUGCAAGCCGGAGCAAACGUGAAUAUGUCCACUCCAGAAGGGCAGACCCCGCUGAUGUUGGCAGCCAGCUGCGGGAACGAAUGUGCGGCUUCCUUUUUGCUUCAGCAAGGUGCAGAGUUGGAGAUGAAAGAUAUCCAUGGCUGGACUGCCCUCUUUCAUUGUGUCAGUGCUGGCCACCAACAGAUGGUGAAGUUCUUACUGGACAGUGGAGCCAACGCCAACUGCAGGGAACCCCUUUGUGGCUACUCCACUCUGAUGGAAGCAGCAGCUUCUGGUCAUGAGAUCAUCGUCCAGUAUCUUCUCAGCCAUGGUGUGAAAGUGUACAUACGGGACAGCACAGGGGCCACCGCACGGACCUUGGCCAUGAAAUACGGACACAUGAAGAUUGUGCAGCUGAUAGACUUGCAUACGGCUCCCGUGCCCAAAGUCUUGCGCAGAGGCACAGGGAAGUACGAAGAUCUGAGCUCCUCAGAUGAGUCUUACUACGCUCCCCAAAGACAAAGGCCUGCCCGUAAAUCCAGAGGACCCAGCAUUCACGAAGGGCCUCACGCUCUGGCCAAGAUCACAGCAGUCAGAACCGGCGGGAAGAGUCGGUUGCCUCAUGAGCAGGUCCCGCCAGAAGGCUACCUCACCUUUAAAGAUGAUGGAAGCGGCUUGGACGGAGGUGACCUUCGAUACCGAGAUGUCAUCUCCCCCAUCAAUGACCGUGACGUGGAAAGCAGCAGCAGCCGAGAAGAGAAUUCCUUCUUCACAAAUGACGUGGGCGUCAUCCGGACCAGCAGCAGCAGUGAAGGCCUGGCCAGAAUUGUGGGGAUCAGCAGCGAGGGCUCCUUAGAGAGCAAUGAGGAUUCUGACUCGGCAGCCAAAUCCUCCAGCCGAAAACAUGCCAAGAGUUCCAUGAAGGCCAAGAAUCGCUAUGGCAACAGUGACACUCAGUGGCCUUGGAAAGCCAAGGCCUCUGCUCAACACCACGGCCCGUCUAAUGAUGGAACGCCCUCCUCUGCUGGACCACAGGAUCUGGCCACCUUCCUAGACCAGAUUGGCUGCCUGAAGUACUUGCAAAUCUUUGAAGAGCAAGAUAUUGACCUCCGCAUCUUCCUGACUUUAACGGAGAGCGACCUCAAAGAGAUCGGCAUCACGCUCUUCGGACCAAAGAGGAAGAUGACCUCCGCCAUUGCCCGAUGGCACAGCAGUGCCCGACCACUGAGCGAUGCCCUUGAGCUGGCCUAUGCCGACCGUCUGGAAGCCGAAAUGCAAGAAUUGGCCAUCCAGCUUCACAAGAGGUGUGAGGAAGUCAAAGGGCUGAAAGGACAGGUGAGCCAAGAGCAGGAGCUGCGAGCGGUGGUCGAGAGCUGCCUCAUGGAGCAGGAUGUGGCCUGGAGCAACACCCAGGCUCGAGUCCAAGAAGUCCAGGGCAUCACCAGAAGUGCUGGGUUCCUCCUGGAACAGAUGCGGGCCUGUCAGGCAGAGCUGGCUUCCCGGAUCAACCAGGAGGAGGCAGGCGGCCAGAGAUCGGAGAUCAGAGCACAGCUAGAAGCCAACCCCGGAGAAUGGUUACCUACCUUGAAGGCCCUUAGCCUGCCUGAGCUGUCAGCUCUUCUGGAGGAAUGUGUAGGGGAAAUGGGGACAACUCUCUGUUCUGUCAACCGUAACCUCGAGAGGCUGCAAUGUCCAGAGAAGGGGAAGGCUGUUUGCAAACAGCCCUAGCAGUAGAGGAAGGUGCUUUGGAGAACAGCCCGACUCCCUCUUCUUUGUGGCAACCCCUGAGAUAUUGGAAGACUGCUAUCAUGUCUCCUCUAGUCCUUCUUUUUAUUAAUCUAGACAUACACAGUUCCUGCAACCGUUCUUUAGCCUCCAGUCCCCUAAUCAUCUUUGUUGCUCUUCUCUGCUCUUGAUGGGGAUUGCAAUUCCUCUCCCCCAAAGAUUAAUGUCAAUGUUCUUCCCAUGCCCUAAACUAGAAUUUCAAAAAUAUAGAAGAUUGCACCAGAUCCUGUCAUCUCCCUCCCAUUCCAACCGGAGUAGUGCUUACCAUAGAUGCCAGCAGAAUAGGGAUACGAAUAAUCCACCAGUAAGCCAUGUUUUCAUUAACCCCCCAGCACCUGCAGUAUACAAAAUAAGGCAGCCAUUAAACAUAAAUGAGACCAUAGUCUGAUCAUCCAGAGCACAGAUAAAUGUUCUAAUAGACCGUUGAUAGGUCUUACUGGCUACGAGGAUUGAAGAGCCUUGGGGCUGCUUUAUAGUUAGCACUCCAAAAUUAAGUCCAAAGGGGCAUUAGAAGACAAUAGCCAACCCUCCAGAAGAUAGGCUUAAGAUACAGAAGGAUCUUGACAGACUUGAACAUUGGGCGCUAUCUAACAAAAUGAAAUUCAAUGGUGAAAAAAGUAAGGUUCUACAUUUAGGCAAGAAAAACAAAAUGCGCAGGUACAGUAUAUGUCGUACCUUGCUCAAUAGUAGUAACUGUGAGACGGAUCUUGGUUGUCCUAGUGGACAACCACUCAUAUUUGAGCCAGCAAUGUGCGGUAGCUGCCAAAAAAGCCAACACAGUUCUAGGCUGCAUAAACAGAGGGAUAGAAUCAAGAUCACGUGAAGUGUUAAUACCACUUUAUAAUGCCUUGGUAAGGCCACACUUGGGAUACAGCAUCAAGUUUUGGUCGCCACGAUGUAAAAAAAGAUGUGGAGACUCUAGAAAGAGUGCAGAGAAGAGCAACUAAGAUGAUUAGGGGACUGGAGGCUAAAACAUAUGAUGAAUGGUUGUAGGAAGAAGAAGAACAUCAUGGCUUCAAAACCUAAGGGACCGGUUUGGACAAAACUCAGCAGCUCUUUUUCAUGUGGCUGUUGACAAAAAUAGGAUCGCCAACAUGAUCGCCAACAUCCGAUGACGGAUAUGGCAGAAGCAGCAGAAGAAAAUUGGUUCCCACCCAGCAUCUCUAGACUCACUCUGUGUUUUCCUUCAAGUAUUUGGCAGCCAUCCAGGGUACCACAAAGGCCACAGGGGUCCCUGUUUUAAAAAAAGAAAAGAAAGGAAAAAGGAAAAUCGAUCAUGAGAAUCAGCCAGCAAGUUGUGUCCGACAUGAACAACCAGAUCCACACGUGAAGAAUUCAAUUAGCUACUUUAUUGCUUAUUGCUACUUCACAAGAACUCUCCUAGACUGGCAGUUUGCAUCUGGGCUAGACAAGUUAAAAUUCAACGGCUUUUAAAGGGUGGGGAGUGUCGGGCUUUGCCCUCUUGUAUCUAUGUGAAGAUUCCAGGCUAAUUCCCCACUUGACUCCUCCCCCCUAGCUUGGCCAGUCUCUCUCCAACAAGUUGGUUCCUGCCUCCUGUUUUAUUUUACUGCUUUUUUCUUAGGUGCUGAAAACAUUGCACCCAAGAAAUAAGUCCUCAAGAUUCUGUAAGCCGUUGAAUCGAUCCAAUUUAAGGAGGGGAAAUUGCGCAGGGAAUGCAAAUUUUGCAAUUUGGAAUCGGUUCUGCAGAUUUUAAAAUGACGCAAUAAAAUUCUUUCUAUUAUUCUGACUCAAGGAAAGAAGGAAGGAAGAAAAUCUAAAAAGAAAAAAAUAAAGGAAGGAUGGAUGGACAGAAAAGGAUACAGGUAGUCUUUGACUGAUAACCAUUCGUUUAGGGACUGUUUGAAGUUACAAUGGCACUGAAAAAGGUUAUUUCACGGCCAGUCCCUACAACCAAUUGCAACAUCCCUCUUUACAUACAAAGUCGAACUACUAGCUGCAAACACCUCAUUUCUGUGCUUGAAAACAAAGGUUGGUUGGAUGAUCCUGUUGUGCCUUGUCCUCACUCCUCUCCUCAGCUGGGCCCCUCCCAUCUCCUGCUAUCCGAUUCAGAGUCUGAUAAUGAAGAGGAACGGCCUGGCAUGCCUCCAGCCUCCAGCCCUGGCACCAUGCCCGGACAGAAUAUCAGGAAUGAACAAACAAACCUCACUCCUACAGUGUGUGAGCACGAAGCCAGCCAUGUGCUAGAAUUGCCAGCAGCAGAUCAGGAGGAGGGGAAUUCACAGUGGACGGAUCCCCGCUUCCGGAGAAUUGAGAGGCGACAUCAGCAAAAGGAAGGGAGGGGCAGGCCUGGAUAAGUGCUGAGUCAUGGAGUCACACCCCAUGGCCUAUAUAAAGGAUCUGCUUUUUGGCAUUCCUUGAGUCAGGCAAAGUCUUCCUGCCUGCCCUGAGAAAUCUGACAGGACUUUGGCAAAGCUGCAGAGGCUUCGUGGCCACGCUUGAUACAGACUUCCCAGACCUGGCCGUCGGAGGGGGAGGGGGACACGACAAAUCCCAUCUCAUCUCCAUCAGCCUCUCCAAGGGUAUCCUGAACGUAUAAUGGGGGCUUCUCUACCUUGAUGUCCUCCAAAUACAUUGUGCAUAAUGGGGAAGACUGAAAUAAUUUGAAUCUUGGCCCCCAACGUUAAAGGCACACACCAUCC